GCGUGACUCCAGUAGAAAACUGAAUACUCAGGGUUUUUGGUUUCAGAACGCGAGGAAUGUCAAACCCACGACCGCGGAGGCAGGAAAAUGGAAGAUGAACCGAUUCCAGGACAACUUCAGGACUCACAGAACAUUGUGGACAAUAAUAUCAGUGUCAGUCCACCGCCAUGUCAAGAGCUGAAAUCAAAAUGCGAACACAAGGAAAUAGAUGAUCUUCAAGAAAAAGAAAGUCUUUGUGAACAACUGCAAAAGGCAAAAAACAAGAUAGAUCUCUUAAACUGUCAACUGGUGGAAAGGGACAGUGAAAUUGCACGUUUGAAACAGCAGCUGGUCCAACAUUCAGGUCAAAAUCAGAACCUUCCACAGAGUACAAAGAAUGAAAGUGAAUGCAAGUCGGGGGGUGAGAGAUGGAAAAUUGGGAACUUUACACUCAGUGCAGGGGGGCUCAAAUUGUUCCCAAUUUUGGCUGGAAAAACAAACAACUCACACAAGGGAUUAAUUGACACUCUGAUAAACCAAAUUCAAGAUCUGAAGAAUGGUCAUACAGUGGAUGAGAGUGACAUUGUUUUGGUUUUCUGUCCUAUUGUUUCUCGAGCUGGAACUGAUAUUGAGGCAGCAAUGAAAAAAAUCUAUUUCUCUACAGUCUCAAAGAUGGUGGUGCUAGUGGUGCUACAUCACACAUUUGACCCAGAGAAAACUGUACCAGACAGCAGCAGAUGUGUCAACAGGACAGAUAUACUGACAGUGGACUGUCUGUUCUAUGAAGACACAGGAUUACUAAAGUGUCAGAAAAAUGAUGAUGCAAUCGACAAAGUUGUGAACUGGUUAAUACAGCAGGGGGAGAAGAAAGGUAUCAAAGCAUGUCGACGGCAAGACCACUCAUCAUAUUUCUGGACAGGGUGGUUUGGUCAAUCUAAGCAGAAGGUGGAAAAGAAGACUCAAGAAUCAAAGGACAGUCAGCAUCACCAGUCAGCAGCGAAUAAGAUGAAUACGAGUUCACAGGAGCAGAAUGGCGGAAAUUCUCCACAGCUGGAAAAAGAGAAUCAAGAAUCAAAGGAAAGUCCGCAUCAGCAGUCAGCAGCGAAUAAGAUGAAUACGAGUUCACAGGAGCAGAAUGGAGGAAAUUCUCCACAGCUGGAAAAAGAGAAUCAAGAAUCAAAGGACAGUCAGCAUCACCAGUUAGCAGCGAAUAAGAUGAAUACGAGUUCACAGGAGCAGAAUGAAGAAAAUUCUCCACAGCUGGAAAAAGACAAUCAAGAAUCAAAGGAAAGUCAGCAUCACCAGUCAGCAACGAAAAAGAUGAAUUUGAGUUUACAGGAGCAGAAUGGAGGAAAUUCUCCACAGUCGGAAAAACAGAAUCAAGAAUCAGAAGACAGUCAGCAUCACCAGUCAGCAGCGAAUAAGAUGGAUUCGAGCUCACAGGAGCAGAAUGGAGGAAAUUGUCCACAGUCGGAAAAAGAGAAUCAAGAAACAAAGAUGAAUUUGAGUUUACAGGAGCAGAAUGGAGGAAAUUCUCCACAGUCGGAAAAAGAGAAUCAAGAAUCAAAAAGAGAAUCAAGAAUCAAAGGAAAGUCAGCAUCACCAGUCAGCAGCAAAUAA